AUGGGUGGAGGAAAUGGCCAAAAGGCAAAGAUGGCUCGUGAGAAGAACGCUGAAAAGAUUAAAGAUCAAAAGGGAAGUCAGCUUGAGGCCAACAAGAAGGCCAUGAAUAUCAAAUGCAAGUUUCUCUUUGGGAUUUUACAACAACAACUUCCAAUUGCAGGAGAAUCUGCUAAAAUUGCUGAGAGAAGAAGCAAGAAGAUUCAUGACCCAUCAAGGAUGCGUCAACUUCCUCCAACUGAAGUUCCAAAACGGAGCAAGCAAAAAGAUGAUGUAACAGUAAAAAAAGGUUCUAAAGUUGCUCAACAAAAUAAGAGAAAAGUAACCAAGCCUUCUUCAGACGUUAAGGGUAAAAAUGUUGUUAAAGAUGUAGAUCUGGAAGAGGAUGAACAGAGUCAUCCUGAAGGGGCUCCAUCGAUGCAGCGGUACACUAAUAUCGAGGUGUUCAAAGAUAUCAAGAGUAAGCUAACUGUUCCACGGCACUUGGAGGUUCAAGCACAGAUUUUUAGGUGCUUCAUGGUAAGAGAGCUCAAGGAGAGCACUUCUGAUUGUUUUACAAUUGAUAUAAAUGGUACCGUAUUGAGAUUUACCAUGAGAGAAUUUGCCCUUAUGAGCGGGCUAAAUUGUGUAGCCGAUGAAGGUGAAUUUACAUACGAUGAGGAAGAAUCGAAUAGGAUUAUGGAUGCAUAUUUUGGUGGAACUAGGAAAACGAGUAUACCAAGGGUUCAUUUUGAAGUGGUUGAGGAUGGAAGGUAUGUAGAUUAUCCAUGGGGCAAAGAAGCUUUUAACGAGUUGAUUAGAAGCAUCAGCAAGAAGUAUUCUGCCACAACACAGUAUUAUAGGAUCCAUGGGAUGCCACUGGCUAUGCAAGUUUGGCUUUAUGAGUGUUGUUCAAGAGUUCCAUCGUAUCUCGCUAUUAAAUCCGGAAAUUCCAUUCCAAGAAUGUUGAAUUGGAGGUCCAUCGACAAUCGGCCAAAAUAUAAUAUUUUGAUGGAAGGCAUUUUUAGAGACGGCAAACGAUCGAGCUGUACAUUUGCAAAUACAAUCCCCACUAGCAGUGAGUUGGAGAGCCUCCAAUUGCCCGAUGUUGUUGUCUGUCGCGAUACAGUAGACAAAAAUGUCUUAGUUGAUGCCAAUGAAGGUACCCAAGUCACAGAUAUGCCACUGGAUGACUUUGAUGAUUUCAGUACUACUCCCCCCCACCUUUCUAAGGGCAAACAACAACAACGGACGAAUCAGACAGAUUCUCCACCUUCAAAGAGACGCAGACAACUUCCUACAACAGCUUCCACAUCUAAGAAACAACAAAUCCACACCGAACCACAGACAACUGUGAAGAAGAGUCACAAGGAUCAAAAGGUUGCUCAAAAGCCUAUUUUACAGAAGUCUGCUUCACCAAAGUUGAAUGAACAAAUGAAUAGACCCCAAAACACCACAGUCCUACGUGAUGUCCCUACUAUAUCCAUGAAAGAGGAAAUACAAUUGCUAAGGAAAGAUUUUCAAGUUUUCAAGGAAUCAGUCAUUGGUGAGUUCACAAGUGAGUUGUCAAAGCUCCGAACUUUCAUGGAUGACAACUUCAAGAAGCUAUUUGAAGCAAUCAAGGUGAACAAUUCUGUGGACAAGGGUGUUGGACCAAAGUUACAUGAGGAAGUUCCGGAAAUUGUAGUGACCGCCGAAAAUUUAAGAGCGAUACACGUAAAGCUUCAUUUGAAGAGAUUAAUCGGACGAACGAAGGAACUUUCAACUCAACAGAGGUAA